ACCACUGCUGACCUUGCAAUCCUUCAAGCUUGCGCCAACGCACGACAAAGCCGCUAACCAUGGCCAAACCCGAAGAGGAUGAAUGGGAGUACGAGUACGACGACAAUGAGACAGAAGAUUUUUAUAUCCCGCUCGACUUGUCCAAUGUCCCCUCUGCGCAAAUUCCCAUGGUCUCGCAGGGUAGACCGGGUCACCCAACUUUACUCAAGAGCAGAUUGCGUGCGCUGAAUGCAGCGCGAGGUCAACCAGCUGAAUUCGCUGCCAACAACAAUAACGAUGUGCAAGAGACGGCUACCAUGGGAGAAGUCCAAGUCGUCGGCCUUCACACAUCGAAUCCACUGAUCAUGUAUAACGGCCAGUUACUAAGUUGCCAUUGGACGUCGACCAUCGGAACCGACAUGUUUUUCGUGAAGCCAGAUGCGAACGCUUCGACUCAAUCACAGGUCCUGCGGUCUCUGCCAUCAGUCGACUUGUUGGCUCUGGGAUCCGCAAAGCUGGUAGCAAAGGUUGGACGUCUGCGACCGCGCGAUGAUCUUGUCGACAACGCUGGCGAUGCAGAACAGGCGACUGAGGUCACGCAUACUCCAGGCGAUGACCAGAACGCUGCGAGGAACAUCCCGACCACUGCGAACACUCAGACUGCUACAAGUAACCAGGGCUCAUCCGCGUCCUCGAGCUUUCUCGUCAGGCUGAAUGAAGCCAAAGCAAAGAGAGGGGAGAAGUCGCGCUUGGUAAUCGCGAAAACGUCAGAAGGCUCGCAUCUGGUGGCGGAGAAGGCAGUGAUAGGCUCUGCUGGUGCAGAUUCUGGCACGUCGAAAACACAUGAUGACUCGCCCAUGGGUGGCACAUGAGGUGCAUGGGAAAGCAGAGGCCAAAAGAAGUAGGACCACUGUAUGCUCCUUCAUACGAACGAGUAGUGGCGCAACCUUGAACAUGGACAGGAGCAUGAAAAUUCGAGGCCCGAUGACUGCAGAUGUUUCGACACAAAAUGCAGAGCAUGGUAGGAGAGAGCGUUACGAUGGAGUCUCUGUAACGAAGUUGCGCCACCACUGUAUCAAAGAGAAAAAACAAACUUCCUCUUUAAGAGUACUCCUUCCUACUACACAAGAGCAUACAGAGAGCUAUAUAGAUAUAGAUUAAAAGCCUAGAAGACUACAAU